CAUGUGAGUAAAUUGCUCUGUCUAACCACAUGCGGUCCGAGUUGAGGUGGGCGUCUGGACUGUGGAGUCCCAAAAGAUCGAGAUUCAUGGUCCUCCAAUUUCUGACAAGGAUCAGAAACUCGACAAUUUGCAUCGGGCCACGGAAAGGAGAUGAGGCGCUGCUCAGCCUCCAUCAUCAAGGCUCAAGGCGUCCAACUAUUCUUAGUUUCUAAUGUUGAAACGCUGAUCGGUCAACUUGGCCUUUCUGGUUCCAAGGGGUCGAGAAGCCAAGGGAUCCAAACUCGCCUGAGACAAACUGCUUAAGAGCCAGACAUCGCCGCCGCCCUUUCAUUCUGGAGAGACCUACUCCAGAGUAUGAGGACAAGUAGACAGGUUAUGUGAAAGGCAGAAUCUUUCGUUUAUAAUUUAUAAUUUUUCCUAGCCAUUAACAUUAUUAUCGAGUCUAUCAUUGCAUAGUAGUAGUCAUUACACCGUCCAGAUUUAAGAGACCAGUUGGCGAAGAUUGUCAUAUUAGCAGGUGCUAUUCCUGUCAAGAAUUCUGACUUGCCUAGGCAUCCAGCAGCCCAGACAAACAGUUUUAUUAGUGGUGCGACCCUCCAAAGUUUGCCAGAUGACCUUUUUGAGACCUGCGCUUUCACCAGACUUUUUUGCUCAACCCUUGGUCACUCGUUCUUCCGUCCCUCUUUCAAGUUCUCUUUUCUGCAUCGCGAAUUCUUCCCCUUCUUUUGAGUCUGGAGAUCUGUGACGGACAUAGUACUUGGAUUUGCCGCCUUCGUUCGCUUCGGCCACUUACGCGUCCAGAUCCAGUCCCCCAGCAAACCCCACCGCACGAGAGCAGCAGUAGUGCCGGCCGCAGCCAGCGUCCGAAUCGAGUUCGAGAUCUCUCCUUCCAAACAACGUCCAAACGUCCCCCAGAGUUCAACUGUGCUAUUUUAUCCUUCAUAGGCUGCGGGUUAUUCAGCCGCUACAUUCCUUUCAGCUUCCACUACUACUGCCCUUGCUAUACGAUUAUCGCCCUCGUUCCGACAGAGCCGUCUUGUGUUUGUUGGCGCACCUCAAUACGCUUGGCUACUACCUAAGUCGCCAGCCUUUCAGCCGACCCCGUUGUUGUCCCGCGACUUCCUGCGCCAAUCCGUUCUUCUUUCUUCGACUACUGCUAGCAUUGGAGGUUCAAUUCCAGGAAGAGCAAUUCGCUCAGAACACAACGACAAUGAUUUCAGACAAGUAUAUCGGCCUUUUGUUGGCCAUUCUUUCUACAAUGGCUAUCGGCACAAGUUUUGUGAUCACUAAAAUGGGUUUGAAUCAUGCUUCCGAACGACAUGGGUUUGAAGGAGAAGGGUUCUCAUACCUCAAGAGCCCUACGUGGUGGGCUGGCACCAGUAUUUUGGCCAUUGGAGAAGCCGCCAAUUUCGCCGCUUACGCAUUUGCGCCCGCUAUAUUGGUCACGCCUUUGGGUGCACUUAGUGUCCUGAUCGGUGCUGUCUUAGGUUCCUAUUUCCUAAAGGAGAGACUUGGUGUCUUGGGAAAACUGGGCUGCGCAAUGUGUCUACUUGGAUCAGUUGUCAUUGUUCUGCAUGCGCCCCCGGACAAGCCAGUUGAGACGAUCGACGAGAUUCUGCAAUAUGCGCUUCAGCCUGGUUUUCUAGUUUACUGCCUUGCCGUCGCGAUCUUUUCAACUGUUAUGAUCUACCGAGUUGCGCCUGUGUACGGAAAGAAGAACCCGCUGAUCUUCAUCUCGAUCUGCUCGACCGUUGGCUCUGUAUCCGUCAUGUCGGUCAAGGCUUUCGGAAUCGCCCUCAAACUCACCUUGGGUGGCAACAACCAGUUCACGCAUGCCUCUACAUAUGUUUUCCUAAUCGUUACCGUCUUUUGCAUUCUCACGCAGAUGAACUAUAUCAACAAGGCGUUGAACGAAUUCUCGACCUCAAUUGUCAACCCCCUAUAUUAUGUCACGUUUACCACUGCCACGCUAUGCGCCUCCUUUAUCCUGUUCAAAGGAUUCAACACGACCGACGCGGUCAGUACCAUUUCGUUACUUUGCGGCUUCCUUAUCAUCUUCUCCGGAGUAUAUCUUCUCAAUAUCUCCCGACACGAUCCGGACGGGGUUGCGCUAAACUCUAAGUUUGAUGACGAGGGAGUACCGACAGAUGGCAUCUCGGGCUACCAGACACGCCGCUCAAUGCAGGCUCGCAGAAGCACCGAUCCGCACCGCCGCAGCUCCUCCAGCAUCGCUUUCUUAAACGGAAAUGCUGAUCGCGAAGGCCUUAUCCGCUCUUACGAUAUCGAAAGCCAAAAUUUCAGCUUGUCAGAGUUGACUGAAGAGAGUGACGGAGAACCUGGUCCUACUUUCAAACGAAGCCAGGACCAUACACGGAAGAAACACGAUGAUCAAUAGCAUGACAUGAUUUGCACAGCUGUCCCGCUGGCUGUGCUAGCUUUAUUUACGACAGUUGUUACGCCAAUUUCCUUUUGUUCCCCCCUUUUUGCUAUUUCCUUACUCUUCUACAUUUCUAGAACCUCGUCGCGAUAUAUUACGCGUACCGUUGACUGUUUAGCCCAACUUGGUGUGACACCACUCGGGCACACUGUACUUUUAUAUCCUUCCAAGAACGGAAGAAACUGCACGGCCGAAUUCAGAGCAGCGGCCAACAGACGCCGACUAAUCGGAAAUGCGGGGAUGCUUUUCGGUAUGACUUUUUUUCACCACGGAUUGGGCAAAAACGCAGGCGUUCGUGCUUGUGAUCUGGAUUUGAAAUGUAUAUACCUCUCUGCGUCGAUGUCAAUUUUGAAAUAGAUUCAAAGCAUUUGCUCUGAGAUUACGUCAUACAUGGA